AUGCAUGAGAACGGUCUCAAAAUACUGCCAUCGACCAACAACGUGUCAGACAAGCAGUCCAACACUUCUGGUCUGUCACCAGGUCCAUCGUCGCCGCCGUCAUGCAUCCUGUAUUCAACAGACAGGGUCGCCCUGAUUGAUAUACCAACUUCCAUCGCCGAUGCCCAGCAAACACUUCCCGGACUUUCAACCUCAUCCCUCAUCUCAUGCAAUCCGAGAACAACUCCGUUCCCAAACCAUGAGCCCAAAUCAGACGCUGCGCGACAAAAGUUGCGCCAAAAAAUGGCUACCGAAAAUGAUGAUUUGUACUCCCUACUGAUCUCUUCUGCUCUGGCCGACAUCCACAAAAACUACUCUGGUCCAUGGUAUCUACCACGUACUGUCGUUCCACAGCCAGAACACUCUCUACCACAGAAACGCAAGACCUUCGAUCCCCUGUCAGACGCCGAGUCAGUCAGAGAUCACCUGCUACAUCAACUCUCGUCCGGUACCUCACCAUCCUGCACCUAUCGUUGGAGACAUGUGGACGAUCAGCAGAACGCGAGAGAACCCCUGCCUGAAACAUCCUCCUGGCCGAGGUAUCUGUACAAUUCAUCCGACGUGACUCGUAUCCUCGACGUGUCUUCGACUUCCAUGCCGAUCCCUGCCAGCUUUUACAUUCCACCAGGUGCUGCUUUCUAUCUUGGCGAUUGCUCCAGUUCACGCCCCUUUCACAUGGCCGUUAAACAUGUCGCCGAGCAACUUGAUACGUCUCGACAGUUUGACGUGAUCGUGAUGGACCCACCCUGGCCGAACGCUUCUGUCAGGCGUACUGAGAAGUCAGGAAGAUCAGCCUAUCAGGUUUCCCCAACUGUAUGGGAUAUCAGGCAGCUAAUCUUCGAGAUGGACAUUGAUGUUCUCCUGGCCAACCAAGGUGUGAUUGCCAUUUGGAUCACCAACAAACCUGCGGUCCGAGAUCUUGUACUUGGUGAGGACGGUCUGUUCGACAGCUGGGACGUGCAGCUGGAAGAAGAAUGGUUGUGGAUCAAGACAACAACCGAAGGAGAGCCUGUCUCGUCUCUGGAUGCUCUCUGGAGGAAACCGUAUGAAGUGCUCCUUGUCGGGCGGAAGAAUGACCCAAGAAGAAGUGAUCAGCACGUCAACUCGACCCACGUUUCCAAGGUCGAACGCAGAGUGAUAGUCGGUCUCGCUGAUCUGCACUCGCGAAAGCCUUGUUUGGAGCCGCUGCUUGAACGCUUCGUGAUCAGCCCAACGCCAACGCCAACAUCAACCAAACAACGCAUCCUCGAGUGCUUUGCGAGAUAUUCUGUGGCCGGUUGGUGGUCGUGGGGCAACCAAGUUCUGAAAUUCAAUCAUACCGACUGUUGGCAAUCAAAGUCCUAG